CCAACGUAGACUGGGCUACCGCCACGUGCCACUGCCACCGUGGCACGACCUACCGGCUUCGCUUCUGCUUCGUUUCGUCCGCACGCCGUCUCCGUCUUCCCCAUCUCGCGCUGCGCUACUGCCGCGGCUGUCCCGAGUCCCGACCACCGUCCUCCGCUCCCCGCCCUUCCUCUUCUCCUCCCGCGAUGGAGACCUGCCCCUCGGUGAAGAACAUCCUCUUGCUGGACUCCGAGGGGAAGCGCGUCGCCGUGAAGUACUACAGCGAUGACUGGCCUACUCUCUCCGCGAAGCUGGCCUUCGAGAAGUCGGUCUUUGCCAAAACCCAGAAAGCGAAUGCUGGAACGGAAGCUGAGAUUGUAAUGUUUGAUGGUCAAAUUGUGGUAUACAAGUUCAUCCAAGACCUGCAUUUCUUUGUUACUGGAGGAGAAGAGGAGAAUGAGCUUAUUUUAGCAUCAGUUCUUCAGGGAUUCUCUGAUGCUGUCGAACGACUUCUCAAAAACAUGGUUGACAAAAGGACAGCACUUGAGAAUUUGGACCUGAUCCUGUUGUGUCUUGAUGAAAUUGUUGAUGGAGGGAUUGUACUUGAAACAGAAGGAAGAGAGAUAGCUGAAAAGGUGUCUGGUCAUGGAUUGGAGGGUGCUUCAUCAGCUGAGCAGACUCUAGUGAAUGCCCUAACGCAAGCAAGAGAACAUUUCGCGAAGUCUCUUCUCAUGUGAUGCUGUGCUUUAUACUUUGGGGUGACGAUGGAGUAUCAAUUAUUGUGUCUGGACAACAUAUUCUUUUUGUUAGCAACGGAGAAAGAAAAAUGUCUGAAAUCUAUGAAUGUGUAGAAUGGCAUGGUGUUCCUGAAAUUCUCAUGUUCAUUUGUAAGCUUUCAAAGUUGUGUAGCAUGAAUAUUCUAAUUUUGACUGGCUCAGUUAUUGGUCGUUUUGUUUAACCUGUUCCUGUUGGAAACGGUAAAAAUAACAUGCUUGUGGA